CGGAAGCCAGCCGGGCCUCUUAGCCCCGGAAAAGCAGCAAUAACAGCGAAGGAUACUUCUUAGGAUGUUCUUUGUGUGACGGGUUGGGAGGAGAAGAACUUCCAGAGUGGACCAGGUUGAGAAGAAGACAUUGUUGGGUGAAUUGGUCUUUUUUUUUUUUUUUUUGGUUUUUUUUUAUUUUUUACGAGCAGGGCUGGGGUGCAGCGUAGAAAGAGGAAGGAAGGGGCAGGCAAGCAGAGGAACAGGGUAGAGAGAGAGAAAAAAAAGAGGGAACCAAGGCGAGAUAGGUAGAUCAAAAGGAAUAGAGGAAUUCAGCAGAGACAGGGAGAAGAAGACACCCCCCACCCCAAAAAAAACCCCGCUUGGACAUCUUGGAGAAUUGGCGACCACCAAGGUGAGGACAAAGACGAGACAAUCCCGCUUGCCGAAGUCCAGAAGAAAACCAGAAGGAGACCCAUCCGGGAGAAGAGAGAGAAAUAACGACGUCCCACGAAGGAGGCAGCUAGACUUCGGAAGAGGAGAAGACCUUCAGAGAUAAGGUGCCCGUAAAGACGUGGGUUGGAGCCUUCCGAAGGUCAGGGAGAAAGAGGAACUGGCGUUGGGUCUUCUACCAUGUCCCAAGGAGGCUACUUUGAGGGCGAGAGGCACUACCAAGCUCUAGAAAUGGCUCCUGCGAGGUCCACUGGAAGCGACUUGGCCCCUUUGUGCGAAUCGGAGUUGGCCUCCUACAUCGGGGACGAACAGUUGCUGUCGGAGUUGCUGCAAGGCAACCAGCAGAGGCUGCCCAAGGGAACCCCCUUCCCAAACUACUUCCCCACCGACCCGUACCCCUUCCUCUCUUUCGGAGGGGAACGCAAAGGCCUGGCCCCCUUUGAUCCGCGAUCAGUUGCUGUCAAGGAAGAACCUCGAGGUGGAGAGGCAGGACGAGGGGCCGCACGCCACCCGUACGCCGCCAUGCACUUGCCAGCUGCCCACUGUGCCCAGGUGACCCUCACCCAACCGGGACCGCGGACUGGACAAGCUUUGAGAGUGCUCAAGGGUCCGGCCUGCAGCCCGUCUCCUCCUUGCGGCAACCCCAAGGGAAAGAAAUCGGUGAACAAGGACAGCCUGGAGUACCGCCUGCGCCGCGAACGCAACAACAUUGCGGUCCGUAAGAGCCGCGACAAGGCCAAGAGGCGGGUGAUGGAGACGCAGCAGCGCAUGGUGGAACUCCUGGGGGAGAACGAGCGGCUGCGCACCCGGGUGGAACAACUGAUGCAGGAAACCGAGACCCUUCGGGAUAUUUUCCGUCAAGUGCCGGAAGCCGCCGGCUUGAUCAAGGGUCUCGGGGGUUGCAGCUGAA